AACAAAGAUCUCCGUCUGCGGCAGACAGGCAGUGCGGCAGCUGCAUGAAAGAAACUUUUCUAUCGCAAUUCACAUGCGUUAGAGUGAGUCCUCCGCAGUGACCGUUUUCUGCGCACCACCUCGAGGUUCGUCCAUUUGAAAAGUAGUGUUGCCACACGUCCAGGUUUUUCCUGGAUUGUCCCGGUUUUUAUGGAAAUGAGGUGAGGUGCUGCCAUCUGGUGGAGGAAAGGGUCAGUACAGGCUCCUCAGGAUGAGUUCCCCUGGCAACCAGGAGUCCCAGAUGGGACAGGAACCAGAGGGUCAAUCAGCAGAAUCUAACAGAGACUCUGGUGUGCCCAGAUCUUCAUCCGUGACGAGUGAUCGCUCUAAAGAUGAGCCCCCUCACAUGGCAGCAGAGAGAAGAGCUCCAUCUGUGAGGAGUGACCGGUCUAAAGAUGACCCCCCUCGCAUGGCAGUAGAUGAGGAAAGAGACACUGGUGUGUCCAGUGCUGCAUCCGUGAGGAGUGAUCGGUCUAAAGAUGACCCCCCUCGCAUGGCAGUAGAAGAGGAACUAUCACUAGACUCUGGUGUGUCCAGAGCUCCAUCCAUGAGGAGUGAUCGGUCUAAAGAUGACCCCCCUAGCAUGGCAGAAGAGAGAAGAGACACUGGUGUGUCCAGAGCUCCAUCCGUGAGGAGUGAUCGGUCUAAAGAUGACCCCCCUCGCAUGGCAGCAGAAGAGGAACGAGACUCUGGUGUGUCCAGAGCUCCAUCCAUGAGGAGUGAUCGGUCUAAAGAUGACCCCCCUCGCAUGGCAGAAGAGAGAAGGUGGGCAGUAGAAACAUCAACACACACCCUGGCUCACAUUGCAAGACUUGAUGAGUCGAACUUAGGUUGCCUGAAUGACCUGAAAAGAAAUCUCAAGAACAAGUACCAGAAUGUGUUGGAAGGAAUAGCCAAACAUGGAAGCUCUGUUCUGCUAGACAAUAUCUACACAGAUCUCUACAUCACUGAGGGGGGAAGGGGAAAAGUAAAUGAAGAGCAUGAAGUCAGACAGAUUGAAUUAAAGUCCAAGAGUCUAGCUGGGCAGGACAAACCAAUCAAAUGUGCAGACAUCUUUAAACCCUCUCCUGAUCAGGACAAACCAAACAGAAGAGUUCUCACAAAGGGGGUGGCUGGCAUUGGCAAAACUAUCUCUGUGCACAAGUACAUCCUGGAUUGGGCUGAGGGAAAUGACAACCAAGAGAUCAAGUUCAUCUUCCCACUGUGCUUUAGGGAGCUCAACCUCAUGAGACACAAGAUGUUCUCUUUGAUGGAUCUUCUUUACUGCUUCUUUCCAGAGCUUAAACAGCUAACCAUUGACAUCCAGCAUAAAUUCAAAGUGUUGUUUGUCUUUGAUGGUCUGGAUGAGUGUCGACUCCAACUAAACUUUCAGACAACUGAAAGUUUGAGUGACAUAAAAGUUGUCCAAUCAAUGGAUGUACUCUUGACUAAUCUCAUCAAGGGUAAUCUGUUCCCCUCUGCUCUCAUCUGGAUAACCUCUCGACCAGCGGCAGCCAGUCAAAUUCCUCCUGAGCAUGUUGACCUGGUGACAGAAGUGCAAGGCUUCAAUGACUUCCAAAAGGAAGAGUACUUCAGGAAGAGGAUCAAGGAUGAUAGUCUUGCAAGAAGAAUCAUUUCCCACAUUAAGUCAACAAGGAGCCUCCACAUUAUGUGCUACAUGCCUGUAUUCUGUUGGAUUGCUGCUACUGUUCUUGAGAUGAUUUGUCUCUUAGGACACACGCAGAUUCCAAAGACUUUGACAGAAAUGUACACAUAUUUCCUUAUUUUUCAAACCAGACAGAAAAAUACUAAAUAUGACAAUGUGCCUGACCCUGCGCCCCAAUGGAACCAUAAGCUGAUCCUAAAUCUGGGAAAGCUAGCCUACAAACAGUUAGAGAAAGGAAAUCUGAUAUUCUACGAAGAGGACCUCAGGGACUGUGGCAUUGAUGUCAAAGAUGCAACAGUGUACUCAGGUGUAUGCACCCAGAUCUUCCGAGAAGAAUCAGGGAUCUUUCAUGGGACAGUGUUCUCCUUUGUGCAUCUCAGCAUCCAGGAGUAUCUCGCUGCUCUGUAUGCAUUUCUGAAGAUGGCAUUUAGAAGGAAAGACAUACUAUCAACAGUCCCUCAAAAGGCAGACUCCAUGAUCAUCUUGCAUAAGAGUGCCGUGGACAAAGCUUUUGCUUAUGAAGAUGGGCGCUUUGACCUCUUCCUCCGUUUCCUGCUUGGCCUUUCUCUGGAGUCAAACCAGUCUCUCCUGCAUGGUCUGAUCAAUAGAGGACAGAUGGGCAUUAUGGAGAAGAUGAGGGCAGCUCUUGGCCAAGCUGGCCAUCAAGGCCAACUGAAGAAAUGGCAGAUGGACAAUGACAAAACAAUCAGGUACAUUAAGGAGAAGAUAUUGGAUGUUUCCUCAUCUGAUAGAAUGAUCAACCUCUUCCACUGCUUGAAUGAACUCAAUGACCACUCCUUAGUGGAGGAGAUCCAGAGCUACCUGGGUGCAGAGACACUUUCUGAAGCAAAGCUCUCACACGGCCAGUGGUCAGCUCUAGUGUUUGUGCUGCUGACAUCAGACCAGAAUCUGGACGUGUUUGACUUGAAGAAGUACGUCAGAUCUGAUGAAGCUCUCCUGAGGUUGGCGCCAGUAGUAGAGGAAUCCCACACAACUCUGGUUGAUAGCUGUGGGCUCACUGCACAGAGCUGCUCAACACUAGCCUCCGUGCUCUGCAAGCAAUCAUCAAAUCUCAGAAAACUGGAUCUCAGUGGCAACUGCAUUGGAGAUGCUGGGAUCAAGAAACUGUGUAGUGGCCUGAAGAAUCUGAAUUGUUCACUGGAGACCCUGAAACUGUCAGACUGCAGCAUAAAAGGAAAGGGAUAUGCUGCUCUGGCCACAGCUCUCAAAUCAAACCCUUCACACCUGGAGGAGCUGGACCUGAGAGGAAAUGACCCUCGACAUGCUGAACUGAAGCUCCUCACUGAUUUACUGCAGGAUCCUGCCUGUAAACUCAAGAGUCUGAGGGUGUUGGGCAGUGAUACAGCAGAUGAAGCCCUGGUGUAUCUGACUGCAGUUCUGGGUGGAAACCCCUUACUGCUGACAGAGCUGGACCUGAGAGGGAAGAUACCAGGAGACUCAGGAGUGAAGCAGUUCUGUGCUCUACUGGAGGAUUCACAAUACAGAGUGGAAAAACUGAGGCUUGGUAACUGCAGUAUAACGGGUGAGGGCUGUGCUGCUCUGAUUUCUACACUGACAUCAAACCCAUCACACCUGAAAGAGCUACAUUUGAAUGAUAAUGUAAUUGGAGACUCUGGUUUGAAGCAGAUCUGUACUCUACUCAGGAAUCCAGAUUGUAAACUACAAAGACUGGGACUUAAGAGCUGCAGUAUAACAGAAGAGGGCUGUGCUGCUCUGACCUCAGCUCUGACAUCAAACCCCUCACGUCUGGUACAGAUGGAUCUGGAUAAUAAUAAACUAGGAGACUCUGGUGUGAAGCAGAUCUCUAAUCUCCUCAAGAAUCCAGACUGUAAACUACAGACACUAGGCUUGUCAGGCUGUGGUGUAACAGAAGAAGGAUAUGCUGCUCUGGCCUCAGCUCUCAAAUCAAACCCCUCAUACCUGGAGGAGCUGGACCUGAGAGGAAACGACCCUGGAGACUCUGGAGUGGAGCUUCUUAUGUCAGCAGUGACCAAUCAGAAGUGCAAACUCAGGUUGUUGUCUGAUGAAGCAGAGAGAGCCUGUGAGUACCUGACUUCAGUUCUGGGUGGAAACCCCUUACUCCUGACAAAACUGCACCUGAAUGGGAAGAUACCAGGAGACUCAGGAGUGAAGCAGUUCUGUCCUCUACUGAAGGAUUCACACUGCAGAGUCAAGACACUCAGGCUUGAUGGCUGCAGUAUAACAGCAGAGGGCUGUGCUGCGCUGGUCUCAGCUCUAUCAUCAAACCCAUCACACCUGACAUGGCUGGGUCUGGGUGAUAAUAAACUACUAGGAGACUCUGGUGUGCAGCAGAUCUCUACUCUACUCAGGAAUCCAGACUGUAAACUACAGAAACUGCGGUGAGUAAAGAGAUGAAGAGUGUGUGAUGCAGCACACUAAACAGACCAACACUAUCACCAUGGAAACAUUCAGA